UUUCUAAAAUUUUUGCUGUAUAGGCGCUGCGGCGUGGUUAAAUUUUUGGUUUCCUGUGGUGCUUUUUUCGUGAGAACCUGAAACGAGUUGCUCAUCAAGAAGCUUGGUAACUAGUUAGUAAAAKAAAUUUUUGGAAACGUGCAGUGAAGAUUUCGGUCGUUCUUGGAGAAAAAAUAUUGAUUUUAUCCUUUUCUACAAUGGUUCAUUUUAUCAGGACGGUCUUAGCUAUCUUAUUUUUAUUCAUAUUUAAUGAUGUUAGCUUUGCACGACAAGACGACAAGCCUUUUCGUAUGCAUAAACUCAAUAUUAUUUGGCAGAAAGUACGAAGCAAAAUGUCAACACAAAAGCUCGAAAGCUUGAAGCAUGCUUUGACCCAGCAAGAUGCUAAAGAACUCAAAUGGAAAGAACUUAAAGCACAUGGUGGAGAUGCUAGUGGUGAACAAGAAGCAAAGCUACGAAGAAAUCUGUUUCAAAUUUUAGAUAAAUAUGCUUUUGGACAUUUGGUUGAAGGGCAUCAAAAGUUGUCAGAACCUGGAGUUGAGGAUAACACUGUUCGAGAAGAAGGGAUGUUUAACAAUAAAAAACUUCAUCAGCUUUGGGAUGUUGCUGAAAAACAAGGUAAAUUUGAUAACGAAGAAAUGGAUGAUCUCAAAACAGAAUUUAAACAUCACCAAGGAAAAAUUGAGGAGUAUAACAUGUUGUUGAAAAUUCUCCAAGAACAGCAUGAUAUCUCUGACAACUCUAUCAACAUACAUGAACGAAUGAAUGAAAACCAGAUAGAUAAACUAAAAGAUGAGCUGAAGGAUAAAUACAGUGAAAUGAAUAAACAUUAUGCAGAACUUAAAGAAAAGAUUACAGGGGAAAAGGACAAAUCACAGUUUAAAGACUAUAGAGUUGUUGAACUAUGGGAAAGAGCUCUUGAAAAAAACUUUAGUGAAUUUGAACUGCAGUCUAUUAAGGAUGAGCUAAAACAUUUCGACCACAAAAUAAGCAAACAUGAGCAUUUCAAAAAGCAGGUUGAAAAAACAGAAAGGAUGUUAAAAGCAGGAGAAAAAGUUGACCAUCAAACUCACAAAAAUGCAAUCAAAAAAGCAAAAGAACAUGGAAGAUAUGUCAAAAAGCUGCAUUCUACUUUAUUGGACAGAGUAUCACACAGGAAUGAGCUGUAAUGCAAUGAGUGGCUCAAAAUGGAAGACGAUGGAUUUGCAAAGGAAAGCGAAGAGAAGUAGUUAAUUUUGUACAAACUAAAGAUAAAUGGGUAGGUAAUUAAAAAAAAAACCAAUUAUAUUACCAAUAUUAUUGUAUUGUUUAUAAGGGUAUGCAUUGAAUUCAUAAUAGACUUCCAUUUCAGACCUCUCAUCAUUACUUGAGUUAUCAUUUCUUUGUUUAACGGUCACAUACUCAUACUCAUAAACACAGUUUUCUUUCAUUUAUUGAGUGAUUCUAAAACAUGCUAGAUUUUACAAUCUGGAAUAUAUUAAAACAUGUAACCAUAACAAAAUUUCUCUUGCCCUCAAAGUUAAAAUAUUCAAGAAAAUAAAGCAUUGAAAUUAAACUUUGAGAUGUAAAUAACUUAUCAUUAAUAAUUAUUAUUAAUAGUUAUUGAAUAUAACUGUUUUCAUAAUUAUAAUACAUUACUAACCAAAAAGAGAGUAUUAAGUUACCUGUCUGUGUAAAGUAACAAUGAAUUACAUUUUAUAAAUAAUAAAUUAAGUGACCAUGAUAAAAGUGUCAAAUGAACAGUGUUCAACCCCUAUAUAUUUAAUAAUAUAUAUAUUUUACUGUUUUAUGACUUGCCUAAUAGCUACCCAUUUUGUUCAAAAUUUAACCAAUUUUCUUUUUGUUGCCAGCAACUUUCAUAACACUUAUUCAUCCAUUCAUCUCUAGAGUAUAUUUAAUUUUGUGCCUAAGUUGACUAAUUGUUUUAGCAUUUUUAACACAAGUGAAUUUAA